CACAGGGAUCAGCCCCGGGGAUGCUCCCUUUCCCAAGGGAACACGGCACUCUGUGGGAGAUCGCUGCGGCACCGAAGGGUCUCCGGCAUCACAAGGAUGGCAUCUCCGGCUCCCCCGCCAUCCCGCGCGGUUCCCUCCCAGGAGAGGGAAAAGAACGGGUAAAGUUUUCGUUGCUGCUCUGCGAACUAAGCCCGUGCCGAUGCCACCAAGGCGGGAGCCCUCGGGAAGCGCCACCUGUCCCCCACCGCCAGCCCCAGACAAAGGGACCGCUCCUUUCCCACGGGAAACCCACCCGCAGCUGUAGAAGCAGCAGAUCCAGCAGCACAUCGUGGUUUUCCAGACUCAUCCUCGCGAAGCCGCUGCCCCGCUGCCCGCUCCCGGGAGGCAGCCCGCCCCGAGCCCCUGCCCCGGAGGCGGAGCGGCGGGCGGCUCCUUCCCGGCACCGCAGCCCGUCCCGCUCCUGCCCCAAACCCGCGGGAACCGCGGCGCCGGGCGAGGCGGCUCCGCCGUCCUCACAGCCUUCCAGGGGCUGCCGGAGCGGGAGAACGGGACCUGGGGCAGAGGGAGGCACACGCCGGGCCCGAAAUCGCGUUCUGUGA